AUGGACGCCUGCCUCGUCAGCUACACGCCGCCGCCACCUGACUCGUACCCGGACCACACAGUUCCAGAUAUAGGUGCUCCCACCAUCACUCCCCUUGCUCAUCGCAUCAAAUGGAGCCUCAUCACCGAAGACAAGGUCUCCACCAUUUUAGUUGCCCUAGAGGGAGAAGUACGGGUCAGCGAGAGCUACUUAGGGAGGGUUCAACUGGUGGGUUACCCUUUGACCCCGACAGAUGCUAGUAUCAAAAUAUCCGGGCUAAGGUCAAACGACUCAGGAUUCUUCCGCUGUGAGGUUCAGCACGAUAUCGACGACAGCCAUGACGAGGUCCAUGUUAAGGUACAAGGUAUUGUUUUUCACUACCGAUCCAUGAUGGGUCGCUACACAUUGACGUUUGAGAAGGCGAGAGAUGCGUGUACAGAGAACAGUGCAGUCAUGGCUUCACCUGAACAACUACAAGCAGCUUUUUAUGAUGGAUUCCAUCAGUGUGAUGCUGGCUGGCUUUCUGAUCGGACAGUGAGGUACCCAAUUCACGACCCUCGUGUCAAUUGCUACGGCGAUAAACAGAAUCUGCCUGGGGUCAGGACAUAUGGAGUGAGACAGCUCAAUGAGACCUAUGACGUUUACUGCUUUAUUGAGAAAAUGACAGGCAGAGUAUUCCACGCCACGUUAGCAGAAAAGUUCACUUUCUCUGAGGCUGUGCUGGCAUGCUCUCAAAAGGGAGCCGAGCUGGCCACCACCGGUCAGCUGUACUUGGCCUGGCAGGGUGGGAUGGAUGUCUGCAACGCUGGCUGGCUGGCUGACAGAAGUGUCCGCUACCCCAUCAGCAUCCGGCGGUCUCAGUGUGGAGGGGGUCUUCUGGGAGUGCGAACAGUGUACAUCCACACAAAUCGUACAGGAUAUCCACCUCCUGAGUCUUACUAUGAUGUCUUCUGCUACACAGAGUUCCCAGAUGAUGAAGGUUCAGGAAUAGUAGACGAAGGCAACGGCGUGUUGAGCGUUGCCCCAGUGACACAGAGCCAAGAGGUUUUCUUCGCAAAGACCUCAAGAGAGAGUGAGGUUGUUGGAGAGGUGGAGACCCAGCAAACCACUGAAGUAGACCUCACCUACACACUGAGUCCUAUAGAGCAAACACCACCUAAAGUCACUGACCUACCUACCGAUCUAAUAGAGGAAGUCGCCCACCAAUCCAACCUAAGCAAAGAGUCCAGCAAAGUGGUUGUGACACCUCAAUUUGGUGUGGUCUUUCAUUACCGUUCAUUGUCUGGCCGCUACGCCUUCACCUUUGUUGAUGCCCAGUUGGCCUGUCAGAGUGUUAGUGCCUCCAUUGCUACACCUGAGCAGUUGCAGGCUGCAUACGAAGCUGGAUAUCACCAGUGUGAAGCCGGAUGGUUAAUGGACCAGACAGUCAGGUUUUCCAUUGUUUUACCACAAGAAAAGUGUGCAGGAGAUUUGGGAGAUCAACCAGGAGUUUGGUCUUAUGGUCUGAGGCCAGCAGAUGAACUGUACGAUGUGUAUUGCUACAUAGAUAUGCUCAAAGGUCAGGUUUUCCAUUUAGAGUCUGCUGAUGGUUUUACUUAUGAUGAGGCUGCAACUCAGUGUCUUGAGCACAAUGCUAGCCUGGCCUCAACAGGAGAGCUAUAUGCAGCCUGGAAGCAGGGUUUUGACAAGUGCGAUGCAGGCUGGCUCAGUGAUCGAAGUGUCCGUUAUGCCGUCAAUAACCCGUCUCCUGAGUGUGGGGCAGGCAAGUCAGGAGUUCACACUGUCCAUGCCCAUCCCAACAGGACAGGCUACCAUGAUAUUAACGACAGAUUCGAUGCAUAUUGUUUCAAAGUAGACAUUCAACUAAUUGCAAAUGAAACUGGACUGAACAUCACAGACAUCCAGGAGGCCAUUCUCAACUUAACGUCCAUCACAGAUUUUGUAAGACGUGUUAUCCCACCUAUCCUUGUGGAAUCUUCAAGCUCUGGUUCAGGUUCAGCAAACUCUUUGGUUGAGAAUACUUCUGGAGACUUCUCUGGCUCUGGGUUUGGAUACAGAAACAAUGAUAUCUCUGAAGACCUCUCAGGAUCUGGAGCCCAUUUGACCUCAGGACAGCUGUCUGGAUCGGGUUCUAGAGACCACAUUAUCUCCAAAGAACUGAAUGGGCCUGGAAGCGUGUCUGGUUCUGGAGAACAACUGACCUCUGGAGAGCUGUCUGGAUUGGGUUCUGGAGAGCAGAUUAUCUCCAAAGAACUUUCUGGCUCUAGAAGUCUGUCUAGUUCUGAAGACCAACCGACCUCAGGAAAGCUGUCUGAAUUGGGUUCCGGAGAGCAGAUUAUCUCCAAAGAACUGUCUAGCUCUGGAAACCUGUCUGGUUCUGGAAAUCAAGUAACCUCUGGAGAGCUGUCUAGAUUGGGUUCUGGAGAAAAGAUUCCCUCCAAAGACCGGUCUGGCUCUGGAAGCCUGGCAGGUCCUGGAAACCAACUGGCUUCAGGAGACUGGGGGAUCUCUGGGGACCUGUCAGGUUCUGGUGACCAGGUUGUCUCUAAAGAACUGUCUGGCUCUGGAAGCCUGUCUGGCUCUGGGGACCAGUUUAUCUCCGGAGACUUGUCUAGCACUAGAGACCAGUUUGGCUUUGGAGAUAGUGCAAGUGCUGUCCUUCCCUAUGGCACACUAGAUGUUAAUGAUGCUGUUUUUUCUGGAUCAGGGAUCAGUGGAGAACAAUCCAUGUCUGAUGUCUCUGUUUCCAACAGUGACACAAUUCUACCCGGAGAAAACUCAGUUUCAGAAGAUUUUCAAAAACCAGAAGAGGCAGGCACAGAAAUUUUUAUGUUACCUUCCUUUGAAAUAGUUUCAGGCGCGCUGAGUGGUGGCGGUGACCUAUCUGGAACUGGGAGUGGACAUGGUUUCAGUUCUGCAGAGAGUGGUUCAGCAAUGGAAUUUUCAGGGGAGAAUGGCCAGUCCUCUGGAAUGGAAUCUGGUCUUAUUAGCAGUCUUGACUCAUCUGAUUUCAGUGGUUUCUCUGGAUUUUCGUCUUCAGGAAGUGCUAGUGCAGGAGGUGUUCAUGAAGCCGAAGUUGCUCAGAUCUUGUUCCUAGAUAACAAAUCGAUUGAUGCAUCUACCCCUAUUACUCAAAAAGAGCAUGAAUUGGGAGGGGGACUGCUGGUGGUCAGUGGUUCCGAGGACAGUUCUAGAAUGCUUAGUAAUGAUCUAAGUCCAGCUGCUGAAAGUGGUUCCAGAGUCUUCUUGGAUGUGACUUUUAAUGGGUCAGAGCCCAUUGACCUAACUCAGUCACCAUCUGGGAAUCAGGAGGCUUCUGGGUUUUUACUCUACAACUCUGGAGAGGGCAGUAUAAGGCAUAUGUCAGGAGUUAGCGGCUUAGAUCUCAUUUCUGGGUCUAGAGUGUCUGGGGAAGGAGGCAGGGUUACAUUUUUAAAUGAAGAUGUUAUAACAGGGGUAUCUAGAAAUGUUUUGAUGUCUCCAGAGAGUAAACAAGGGGCAGUAGAGUACAGUGGGACAGAGAUCCACAGCAGUGGCAGUUGCUUACUCACUAAGAGUGGAGAUACCACCUUUUCAGGUACUGAAGAGUCAUCACAGGUGCCAACAACACCGUCCACAGAGUAUGGAUUAAUCAAGACUGUCACACCCACGCACUAUCGGGCUCUACCUUCUAAAAUUGAUCUGGCCUUACCGUCUGAUCCCCCCACUGUAGUAACACCUGUUAAGGGUCAGGAAGAUGCAGAGAACAUAGUAGGUGACCCAAAUCCGUGUAAACCAAACCCCUGUGGUGUUUCCUUGUGCACAGCUGAAAAUGGGUUUGCUGUUUGCCAAGUAGUGUUGCUCGUACCCUGUUUUGCAGAGUUAGAUGUCUGCCACUCCAAUCCUUGUGCCAAUGGAGCCACCUGUGUGGAGAGUGCUGACUCUUACAAAUGCUUAUGCCUGCCGAGCUACGGAGGGGGGCACUGUGAAAUUGAUGAGCAGCUGUGUGGUGAAGGUUGGAUUAAGUUUCAGGGUAAUUGCUACUUGCACUUCACUGGUAGGAAGACAUGGUCGGAUGCGGAGCAACACUGCCGAGACCUGAAUGCCCAUCUGGUCAGCAUCAUAACACCAGAGGAGCAACACUUUGUCAACUCAAAUGCACAGGGCUACCAAUGGAUCGGGCUAAAUGACAAAACAGUGGAAAAUGACUUCCGAUGGACUGAUGGUACUCCGCUGCAAUAUGAGAACUGGAAGCCAAACCAGCCAGAUAAUUAUGUUCACUCUGGAGAAGACUGUGCGGUGAUGAUCUGGCAUGCCACAGGCCAGUGGAAUGAUGUACCUUGCAACUACCAUCUACCAUUCACCUGCAAGAAAGGCCCUGCCUCAUGUGGUGCCCCACCGGAAGUGAAAAAUGCCCUUAUGUUUGGGAACAGAAGGGAGGAAUAUCCUGUCAACUCAAUCAUCCGUUAUCAGUGCAACCCAGGAUUUAGACAGCGCUAUCCACCAGUGGUUCGUUGUAAGGCAGAUGGACAUUGGGAGGAACCCCAGGUGAAAUGUAGUCAGGUGAAAGCCAGGCAAAGAAUUCACGGAAGGAGUCCAAAAAUCUAUUAAAAGAAAAAAAAACAGAAGAGAUUAAUAUUUUAACUGAACACAAACACACAGAAAUUAUUAUGUGGCACAGU